AUUUUCAAAAUGGCGUCUGUUUCUCGCUGUCGACUGUCGAUAUCUUCUCUACGGAGGUGCACGAGUUUACUAUCGGUACAAUCAAAGAAUCAUGGAGUUCAGUCGACUAAAUGCAUGAGGACGAUAUGCUGUGGUGACUCUUUGCUGCAAGCUACCAAAACUAGUCUUGUUCAAGCUGCCACAAAGAGAUUCAGUUCUCAAAUCUCAAAAAAAUUUCUAGAAAAAUUUCCACCAGUCCUCGGCUGCAAUGUUCUAUCUGUGAUAGCUUCAGAAAACAUUGUUGGUUCAAGUGAGCUGGAAGAGGGUGCAGAAAGUGAAGAUGAAGCUACGAGUGGGAGAAAACGCAUAAUGUAUUCGCAUCCCUUGGAUGAUGUUCCAUAACUGCUGCUGUAAUUCUACUUCAAAAAAGAAGUGCCUUAGACUUUUAGUUUUUUAUAAUUUACUCAGUCAUCUUUGUCAUCUGCACUUAAGUGUGACUGUAAAGUAAUAUCUUUGAGCAAAAAUUAUCUAUGAGUGAACAAUUGCUAAAACAACAGAAUUGUUUUGUGUCGACCAAUGGAACAUUUGUUGAAGUUGUAGUUUUUUCAGCAGAAUAAAAUCAAGGAAAUUUAAUGA